GAGACUAAAUUCCUUCGACCUUGACAUUACAAAAGUUAAAGAGAUCAUCUUGUCUAGUCCCCAAUUAUUGAAGCUCGUUCUACCCUUUUUAUUUAGUGAUGGCCAGUAAAUUUUUGCAAAAGUUAACGUCAGGUGGUAAAGGACAUGAUCAAUCUAAAAUAACUGUUAAUGAGCUCUCUAUGUAUGAUGAGCCAAAAGUCGAAUUUGAAAUAGUUCACGAUACCCCCUCAUCCUACGAUAUUCAAGUUUCAAGAUUUAGACAGGCAAUUUGGGGACAAAUCAUUGCAGUGCAGGACGCUAAGGAAAAAAUUAAACAAAAAUAUGAUACUGGUGUAAGCCACAGUAAAGAGGCUCUUUACACAUUUAAAGAUGAUACAAGAACUCUUCCUAGAGCAACUCUUAUUACCCUAGCCGGUAUGACUGGAAUUAUAGCGGGAUAUAAAGGUGGAGUAUUCAGAAAGACGCUGUUUGCUGCUACUGGCAUGACAUCGGCAGCUGCAAUUUGCUAUCCUCAAGAAGCUGUUAACAUAUCUACAAAAGGAUGGAAUAAACUAAAAACAGAGGUUUUAUCUCUAGUUAAACCCAAUCAUCCAGAGGAGCGCGUUAAGGAAAUUAAAAAAAUCAUUCAAGAAAAAACUGCCCCAUUUUCGGAUGAAUCAAAGGUUGUUGAAAAAUCGAACAACUUGAAGGAGGAUAAAGCUGAUAGAAAUAUGUCAAAUCCAGACGAUAAAGACAUGUGGCAUUAUAAGUGCUACAUACGGCAAUUUUUAGGUGAAGGCAGAGGAAAACCUGUACGAAUGAGCGAUAUUGAGGUGCUUUACAAAACACAACACUUUUUGGUUAUUAAUAAAAGAUAUGAUGUUAAAGUGUAUAGCAACGAUGAAAAAGAUUACAUAACUGUAGAAAAACAGCUCAAGAAUUCCGUCCCUGAUUAUAUUAGCGAUUGUGCAUUUGGUUUUAGGUUCGUACAUCGCCUAGAUCACGCAACUAGCGGUUGCUUAUGCAUAGCCGCAAAUAAGAGAACUGCAAGAGCAGCAGCAAAAGCAUUUCAGAAUAGGACUGUCACUAAACAUUACUUAGCUUUGGUCAGGGGACACUUGAAAUCAGACGAAUUUACUAAAUUUGACUUAGCAAUUGGUAGAGAUAAAAGUAUCACUGAAAUUCACAAAAUGUGCUCUUAUACCAAUGAGAAUUGUGAAAAACCACGUCCGGCGUCAACCGGAUUGAGUGUUCUGCAGUACGGUUAUUAUAAUGGACAACCGGCGACGAAAGUUAUUUUAGUGCCAUUUACAGGCAGAACUCAUCAACUUCGAGUGCACUGCAAAGAAAUGGGCUACCCGAUUGUCGGCGAUUUUAUGUACAGUAAUAAAACUGACACAGAACCGUAUCGAAUGAUGCUUCACGCUUUCUACUUUAAAAUGCCAACACCAAUGGAAAUUGUCGACGUCAAGUCGAAUGAUCCAUUUACACCCGAGGCAGACUCGUUAUGGACUAUUGAAAGAACUAUUCAGACUUAUGAGAAUUGGCGAGACAAUCAUGAAGAAUCGAAUUAA